AUGGCGCCUAAAUCGUUGUUGUUUCUGGCAUCGUCUCUCAAGCUCCUCGCAAGCGCUCGCGAUGUUACCUUUCCACCAAUUUCUGGCUAUUCGUCGCAGCAGAUUAUUGCUCAUGGCAACCUUGAAAUGGACAUCGCCCAAGCAAAGUUUGCAGGGUUGAUGACGUACGCCAAUUUGCCGUAUGUGCACUGUUUAGCAGCAGAAGGCCAUGAUGUGGAGCCGUUCGACAUUGCAAUUCUUGGUGCGCCGUUUGACACUCACAACAGUGGUGUCAACCACGGAACAUUCUUGCACAUCGCUCAUGAGGAAGGCUUGAUCCGAAAUACUAGUAUACACGUGGGCAUCCGAGCUCCUGUGGUACGACCGAAAGGUGAUGUGCGCAACGAUCUUCGAUGUGGUUUUGAGAUGGUCAAGGCUCGGGCAAUCGAUCGAUUGGGCGUAGCUGGAAUCAUCGACAAGCUCAAAUCUCGCGUCGCUGGAACGAAGGUCUACAUCAGUGUCGAUAUAGACGUGCUCGAUCCGGCAUUCGCACCUGGUAAGUUGUCAAACAAAACAUGCCAGAAGUAA